AUGGCGACCGAGUUGAUUGCUUUGGGCCACUCUUGGCUCUCCAUUUCUGCUAGUGUCAUUACUCCUUCGGAUAGCACCCUGCGGACCAGAAGUCCUUCAUCAAGUGACUGUGGAUUUUGGCUUAACUCUGUGACAUUCUUGAGCCAUGUAGUGUCUAGCGAAGGUAUCAAAGUUGACCCUCAUAAAAUUUCAGCAGUCAAGGACUGGCCAAGGCCCACAAGUGCAACUGAUAUUCUUAGCUUUUUGGGUUUGGCAAGUUACUAUAGGAAGUUUGUGAAAGGUUUCUCAUCUGUAGCUGCACCACUGACAAAAUUGACUCAGAAGACUGCUAAGUUCCAAUAG